UUGCGUCCUCUCGGCGGCUCGGCACGGUCAGAACCGCAAAGCCAACGGCGCAAACAAGCACGGCCCGCGCCUCUUCCCCAACAUCUGCAUCGAUGGCCCCUUCUCAACCGCCUCGCAAGGCGUCUUCAACUACGAAACCGCCGUCCUCGUCGGCGCCGGCAUCGGCGUCACGCCCUUCGCCUCGAUCCUCAAAUCGACCUGGUACCGCAUGUCCAACCCGGACACCUGGGCCACCACCCGCCUCCGCAAAGUCUACUUCUUCUGGAUCUGCCGCGACUUCGGCUCCCUCGCAUGGUUCAAAUCCCUGCUCUCCGCCAUCGAAGAAGACGACAAGCUCCGCCAGAUUGAAGUGCGCGCGUACCUCACCGCCAAGAUCUCACAUGAGGACGCAGUCAACAUCCAAAUGAACUACGAAGAGCGGGAUCCCGUGACGGGUUUGCAGCAGCCGACGAAUUUGGGAGGCCGAAUUGGGAUCUGA